AUGCCAGAACUUCAGAUAUCAGUUGAAGAUGAGCAAAAGGCUUUCGAGGCUGAUGUAGCUGCGAUUGAGAAGCAAUGGAGCUCCGCAAGACAAUCCCACUUGAAGCGACCAUACUCUGCAAGCACUAUAGCCGCGCUUCGAACGUCCAUUGCCGCACCCUCAGAUGCCUCUUCGACCCAGGCCAUCAAGCUCUGGAAUCAACUGCACGCCCACAACAAAGCUGGCACAUGCGAGUUGACAUUCGGUACUACAGAUCCCGUUGCGGUUUCGCAGAUGGCCAAGCACCAGCAAACCGUCUACGUGUCUGGUGCUCUAUGUGGGUUCUCAGAAGUCGCACUUCCGGGAAUGGACCACGCCGACUACCCUUGGGAUACCGUGCCGAAGGUUGUGUCAAAGAUCUUCAAGAGCCAACUUUGGCAUGACCAGCGACAACGACAGUACCGAUUGCGACAUCCGAUCGAAGAGCGACAAGGAUUGGAGAACUGGGAUUAUAUGGCGCCUAUCGUCGCGGAUGGCGAUAUGGGCUUUGGUAGCCUUACUAGUACAAUGAAAAUGGCACGCGAGUUCGUGGACGCUGGUGUGGCCAUGAUACACAUCGACGACCUAGCCAUCGGCAUGAAAAAGUUUACAAUUGGUCAAGGGCGGACUAUCGUACCCACUCAGGAAUACCUGGAUCGUCUGACAGCUGUGCGGAUGCAAUUUGAUGUCAUGGGUGCGGAGACGCUACUGUUGUGCCGCUGCGAUACAGAUCAUGCCGAGUUCAUCACCAGUGUCGUCGAUGAGCGUGACCAUGAAUACGUGCAGGGGGCAACGAAGGAAGUUGAGCCACUGCAAAAGUGCCUUCAGGCCGCACAGAUCGAAGGUAAAGAUUUGAAGGUUGCACGAGACGAAUGGAAGGCCAAAGCGGGGAUCAAGACAUUCGACGAAGCUGUGGAGGCCGUUGCGACGGAAGAGGAGUUUGCCGCAUAUAAGGCAGAGCUGUCGAAACAGAAAUUCGCGUCCUUGUCCGAUCGUCGCAAUAUCGCAACCAAGACCGUCCAGCACGAAGUGUUUUUCGACUGGGAGCUAUCGAGAUCAGCCAUGGGUCAAUAUAUGCUGAAAAGCUGCGUCAAAGGCAUCGUCGAGCGUGCCGUCGCUGCUGCACCGCUUGGAGACGUAACGUGGGCACGUAUGGAUUCACCUAACUGGGGAGACAUCGUUGAAUUUCACACAGAAGUUCGGAAGGUGUACCCGGACAGACUUUUCGCCUUUGGCUACACCGGCGACUACGACUUUGGGAAAGCCGGCUUCAGUGAGAACCAUGUUAAGAACCUACAUCUUGACCUUGCCAAGCUAGGUAUCGUGUGGCAGGUCCAACCGAUCUGGAGUCUGCAAGGCCUGAACAUGGUGACGGAACAAUUCGCAAAGAUGUGGCAGGAGCAAGGUAUUGCUGGCUACUUGAAGGCGAUUCAAGGUCCAGCUCUUAAUUCAAAGCCUAUGACGGACGGCUUUGAGAAAUUGAGCUAUUGCGGUGGGUACCUGGCAGAUGCAUUCUUUGAGACAAUCGCAGGAGAGUCAAUUGUAGACAAAGGAAAGGCCGCCAACUUCCAGAGACACUGA